GAUAGCAACGGUCGCCCCAUCCUCCUCUACCGCUCCGCCCUCCACACUCCAGGCAGGGUCGACCCUGUCCUCUUCUGCCGCUACAUCACGCAGCAGACGGAGAAGGCGAUCUUGCAGUACAAGCUGGGGACAGAGGUGGAGUCCUGCGUGCUUGUUGAUCGGAUAGGGAGCGGACUGAAGAAUCAGGACCCUGCGCUGCUGCGGGAGCUCGUCCCCAUCAUCCUUAACCACUACCCCUACCAGGUGGGGAAGGUAUACAUUGCCCCGAUCUCCCCGACUUUCAACGUCAUCUGGGGGAUCCUGAAGCUCCUGCUCGACGAGUCUGCCAAGAAGAGGUUCGUGCUCUGCGACGGG